AAAUCCUUUUCAGUCCCAGCUGUUAUUUUCAGGAACUGACAAGUAGGUUUCUGUAAAUGAAUCAGUACCAGGAGACAACGAGAAGCACUGGAAGCCAGUGUUAGUGGUCUUGACGGAGAAAGACCUCUUAAUAUAUGAGAGCAUGCCACGGAUGAAGGAAGCUUGGUUCAGCCCUCUGCACACCUACCCCCUGCUAGCCACCAGGUUGGUCCAUUCUGGCCCAGGAAAAGGCUCACCGCAGUCCGGGAUGGAUUUGUCUUUUGCAACCCGUACCGGUACAAGGCAAGGGAUCGAAACCCAUCUGUUCAGGACGGAGACCAGCCGAGACCUCUCACUGUGGACGAGGAGCGUAGUGCAGGGCUGCCACAAUUCUGCAGAGCUCAUCACGGAAAUCACCACAUCUUGCACGUAUAAAAGCCAGGAGUGCCGUUUGACCAUCCAUUACGAACAUGGAUUCUCUCUUACAACUGAACCGCAAGAUGGUGCCUUCUCUAAGACAAUUGCACAGUAUCCCUACGAAAAACUGAAAAUGUCCUCGGAUGAUGGGAUAAGGAUGCUUUAUUUAGACUUUGGAGGAAAGGAUGGAGAAAUUCAACUGGACCUUCAUUCCUGUCCAAAACCAAUUGUGUUCAUCAUUCAUUCCUUCCUGUCAGCAAAGAUUACAAGGCUUGGCUUGGUGGCAUAAGUGGGAUAAAUUUUUGUCUUCAAAGAAAGAUGGAGCGACCACGCUAACCUGAAGUACAGUCAACAGCAGCAACCCAUACCAGCUAGCAGCAUACACCAGCUUGGGGUUCAGUCCCAGGCCUUGGUCAUUUCUGCAGUCUUCCAAGGCCCAGGUUUCUUGUUGAUCAGUUAAGGAGGUGGCAUGACAAGGAAAACGGUGGAUUUCAUUGUAAAUAAUGGGAUUUUAAAAUCCCGUAUCAGACAGUAAAAGCGUGUAGUACCAUCAGUGUAAAUGUUUCAGAAUCAUAAAUUGUGCCUAUUUCAAUGUACCUGUUUAUAUAGAAUAAGUAAAGGGCU